CGUUGCCUACGUGUGCAUCACGCACUACUGAUGUUUGUGAUCGUUUUCACUGAAAAAUCAUCAGUGAAUCAGUGAAAUUGAUACAUUUUCCAUGCAAAGAUCAGGCAAAGAAACUGUGAUACACAGAACAGCUAGCUGUCUUACCCUAAAACAAAACGGACAGUGGUCCCAACAGGCCCGGUUCCAUUUUCUUAACUUGAGCAGUGCAAACGGCCGAGCAUCCAGGUAUUUGCACCUACAGAUGGGGUCCAUGGAGCAGAAACAUUUUUCAAAUUGAAGAGGUCAGCUCAGCAGCUGCCUCAGCCUGGCAACCUUCAACAGUAAAAGAGGGGACUAUGGCCCAUUUGUUGAGGACACUGCACUUCCACAUCAAGGUCACUCCAACUGAUGCAGAACCACAAGUGAGUUUAAAUGGAGGAGGGACAGGCUCAUCUGCAAAGCUCCCCCUGCAGAGGCUGUUCAAUGGCCCAUCAUCAGGCUAGCCCCAACCAACAUCUGUUAACAUGGCGUGUGUUGCACCCUCCCAGACCGUCGCGUUGCCAUGACGAGCGAGGAGGAGGAGGGCCCCAGCGUUGCAACAACACCGUCAGCGGAAACAAUCUCCAGGGUAGCAACAACCAUAGCCAGGGGCGAUAGCGAUGACGUCGUCACUUCCUCCUCGCCCCGCAGGCCCUCCCCGCACCGCCUCCCAUGUCCCGAGAAAAAGGAGGAGAAAGAGGAGGAAAUAGAGGAGGAAGGGGUUAUUCACCAAGAGAGGAUUGAGAAGGUGGAGGAGGGGGUGGUGGUGUGUGAGCGGGAUGAUGACGAAGAUAAGGAUGAGGAUGAAAGCAGUGAUACCAGCGUGUUGGUCGUGCCCUACCCUGAGCUGGCUCCUGUGGUCUUCUUCUGCCUCAAGCAGACAACGUGUCCUCGGAGCUGGUGCAUCCGCAUGGUCUCCAGCCCGUGGUUCGAACGUGUGAGUAUGAUGGUGAUCUUGUUGAACUGCGUCACCCUGGGAAUGUACCAGCCCUGCGAGAACAUCGACUGCUCUUCAGACCGAUGCCAAAUACUACAGGCUUUUGAUGCAUUCAUCUACAUCUUCUUCGCAAUGGAGAUGGUGAUAAAGAUGAUGGCCCUUGGAAUCUUUGGUCGACGCUGUUACCUCGGGGACACUUGGAACCGACUGGAUUUCUUUAUCGUCAUGGCAGGGAUGAUUGAAUACUCCCUGGACCUGCAGAACGUCAACUUCACCGCCAUCAGAACAGUGAGGGUACUGCGGCCUCUCAAAGCAAUUAACAGGGUGCCAAGCAUGCGCAUCCUCGUGAACCUGCUGCUCGACACUCUGCCCAUGCUGGGCAACGUCCUCCUCCUCUGCUUCUUCGUCUUCUUCAUCUUCGGAAUCAUCGGCGUGCAGCUGUGGGCGGGGCUGCUGAGGAACCGCUGCUACCCGGAGGACAACUUCACACUCGGUACGGGUAUCAGUCUUCCUCGGCCCUACUACAUGGCUGACGAAGAUGACGAGCGACCCUUCAUCUGCUCCCUGCCAGUCGACAACGGCAUCAUGUCCUGCGCCGACGUGCCGGCCCGCCGCGAGGGAGGCAGGACGUGCUGCCUGGACAAAGACGACGCGCUGUACCGCCAGUCGCUGGGCCUGAGCCCCGAGCCUCUGGCCAAUGGCAGCGUCAGUGUAGCAGGGCUCUGCGUCAACUGGAACCAGUACUACACCAGGUGUCAUACCGGGUACAGCAACCCCCACAAAGGAGCCAUCAACUUUGACAACAUUGCCUUUGCCUGGAUUGUAAUCUUCCAGGUGAUCACUCUGGAAGGCUGGGUGGAGAUCAUGUACUAUGUGAUGGAUGCUCAUUCCUUCUACAACUUCAUCUACUUCAUUCUGCUGAUUAUUAUUGGUUCCUUCUUCAUGAUCAACCUGUGCCUCGUGGUCAUCGCCACCCAGUUCUCGGAGACCAAGCAGAGGGAGCACCAGCUGAUGCAGGAGCAGCGAGCGCGGUGCUCGUCCUCCUCCACCCUGGCCAGUGAACCGGGGGACUGCUACGAGGCACUCUUUCAGCUGAUCUGCCACAUCCUCCGCAAGGCCAGGAGACAAACGGUCGCCCUUUUCAACACCCUGCGGGGGAAACCUCGCGGCUUUCGGGGCGUCGGAAGAGGUAGAGGAGGAGGAGAGGGAAGGGAGAGGAAGGCAAAUGGGAGGGGAGGACGUGAGAGGAGAGCAGUGAUGAGGCGCGGUCCACCCUGUCCCCACCAUAAUAAGCCUGAGCACGCCUCAGCCAUGGCUCUCAGCGCCGCCUCGGCCACCGACGGCUGCCCUCAGUGUGCCACAGCCCUGUCACUCGCUGACGGCGUGGGACCAGCAUGCAGUGCGGUAAACGAUGAAGCGGAGGAGGGAGCUGUGGAGGAAACGGACGGGGAGGGGGUACACUCUGGUAGUGGGGAGAAGGGCAAGAAAGGCCAGGAGGCCGCAGGGAGACAUGGGGGCUGUACUCCUAAGAGCUGUAAGGAGCUGUGGCACGAUAUUAGGAUGAAGCUGUGGGGAAUCGUGGAGAGCAAGUACUUCAACCGAGGCAUCAUGAUCGCCAUCCUGAUCAACACCAUCAGCAUGGGCAUCGAGCACCACGAGCAGCCAGAAGAGCUCACAAAUGUUCUGGAGAUCUGCAACAUCGUCUUCACCAGCAUGUUCUCCCUGGAGAUGAUCCUCAAACUCACUGCAUUUGGCUCCUUUAACUACCUGAGAAACCCCUACAACGUCUUUGAUGGAGUCAUCGUCAUCAUAAGUGUGUGUGAGAUCGUCGGACAGUCCGACGGCGGUUUGUCUGUGCUGAGGACGUUCAGACUGCUCAGGGUGCUGAAGCUGGUAAGGUUCAUGCCAGCUUUGAGGAGACAGCUGGUGGUCCUCAUGAAGACCAUGGACAAUGUGGCCACCUUCUGCAUGCUGCUCAUGCUCUUCAUCUUCAUCUUUAGUAUCCUGGGAAUGCACAUCUUUGGCUGCAAGUUCAGUCUCAAGACCGAGACGGGUGACACAGUACCAGACAGGAAGAACUUUGACUCCCUGCUCUGGGCCAUUGUCACUGUUUUUCAGAUUCUAACCCAGGAGGACUGGAACGCAGUUUUGUACAACGGUAUGGCAGCCACUUCACCACUUGCUGCUCUUUACUUCGUGGCCCUCAUGACUUUUGGAAACUAUGUCCUCUUCAACCUGCUGGUAGCCAUCUUGGUUGAAGGCUUUCAGGCAGAGGGUGAUGCCAAUCGCUCUUAUUCGGAUGACGACCACUCCCCUUUUGACGAGAGCGAGAAGCACGACUCCAUAAAGUUGUCUGACCCAAGGAUCUGCACACUGACACCCAACGGCCACCUGGAGCUGGGGGCCCUUUCCGGGCCCAGGGGAUCCUACUCCUCAGAGAGGCGGAGCUUCACCAUUGAGUCUGGAAAGAGCAGUGUGAUGAGCCUGGGAAAGAGCAGCCUGGAGAGACGCUCCCUCUCUCUGCGUCAUGCUCGCAGUUCCAACUACCACAACUGGGGGCGCCCUUUGCUUCCGCAGUCGGCAUGGAGCCGCAGGUCGAGCUCUAACAGUCUGGGCCGGAGGAGCUACGGGUUCGGUGGGGCUCCUCUGGUAGGAGGCAGCCUCCGUGUGCACGGCACCCGCUCACCCUACUCCUACACUUGUGCUGCCGAGCAGGAGUCCCUUCUCUCCCACCCACCCCACUUCCUAAUCCCCCCUCAUCAUCCACCCCCACCCCCACUGUUUCUGUCCAGACAUUUCGCUGCGAGGAGGGAUCGACGGGCUCUUUCCCUGGAGCUCCCGGAGCUGCUUCGGGCAGGCGGCCCCCCGCCGGGCCUGCCCCCUGUUCAGCCAGACCCCGGGAGGAGGAGUGGGUCUGGGGUAGGGGGAUCCAUCACUGGGGGGUCGGGCACUGGUAGUGGUUUCGGAGUGGACCACCGGGAUUGUAACGGCAAGGCACCGGGUCCCCACACUCAGCUGAUGUCUGAGGUUUUCCCUCAAGUCAAUGCACGCAAGGACAGAACAGACCUCGAUGAAGAGACAGAUUAUAAUUUGUGUUUCCGUAUCCAGAAGAUGAUGGAGGUGUACAAGCCAGAAUGGUGUGAAUCUAGAGAGGAGUGGUCCGUCUACUUGUUCUCCCCUCAGAACAAGUUCAGGGUGCUCUGCCAGUCCAUUAUCGCCCAUAAGCUCUUUGACUAUGUUGUCCUGGCCUUCAUCUUUCUCAACUGCAUCACAGUGGCCCUGGAGAGGCCGAAGAUAAUGCAAGGCAGCCUGGAAAGGCUGUUUCUCACUGUUUCCAACUACAUCUUUACUGCCAUCUUUGUUGCGGAGAUGACUGUCAAGGUGGUGUCCAUGGGUCUGUACCUGGGGGAGAAAGCCUAUCUGAGGAGCAGCUGGAACAUUCUCGAUGGUUUCCUGGUAUUCGUGUCUCUGAUUGACAUUGUGGUGUCGAUGGCUGGUGGGGCUAAGAUCCUGGGGGUUCUCCGUGUUCUCCGGUUGCUCAGGACGCUACGCCCCCUCAGGGUGAUCAGCAGAGCUCCCGGACUGAAGCUGGUAGUCGAGACCCUCAUCACGUCCCUCAAGCCUAUCGGCAACAUUGUCCUCAUCUGCUGCGCCUUCUUCAUCAUCUUUGGUAUUCUUGGUGUUCAGCUCUUCAAAGGGAAGUUCUUCUACUGCGUGGGUUUCAAUGUGAAGAACAUCACUAACAAAUCCGACUGUCUGGCUGCCAACUAUCGAUGGGUUCACCACAAAUACAACUUUGACAACCUUGGACAGGCUCUAAUGUCCUUGUUUGUGCUGGCCUCAAAAGACGGCUGGGUCAACAUCAUGUACCAUGGACUGGAUGCAGUGGGGAUAGACCAGCAGCCGUCGACCAACAACAAUCCGUGGAUGCUGCUCUACUUCAUCUCAUUCCUCUUGAUCGUCAGUUUCUUCGUCCUCAACAUGUUUGUGGGCGUCGUGGUGGAGAACUUCCACAAGUGUCGCCAGCACCAGGAGGUGGAGGAGGCCAAGCGGCGGGAGGAGAAACGCCAGCGUCGCAUGGAGAAGAAGAGGAGAAAGGCCCAGAAGCUACCCUACUAUGCGUCUUACGGCAGAAUCCGGCUAGCUAUCCACAAUCUGUGUACCAGCCACUACCUGGACCUGGCCAUCACCUUUAUUAUCUGUAUCAACGUCAUCACCAUGUCUCUGGAGCACUACAGCCAGCCACAGUCUCUGGAGACUACACUGAAGUACUGCAACUACUUCUUCACCUCCACGUUUGUGAUUGAGGCCUCUCUGAAGCUGGUGGCCUUUGGUUUUCGACGCUUCUUCAAGGACAGGUGGAACCAGUUGGACCUGGCCAUUGUGCUGCUGUCAGUAAUGGGCAUCACCCUGGAGGAGAUUGAGAUCAACGCCUCCCUUCCCAUCAACCCCACCAUCAUCAGGAUCAUGAGGGUACUCAGGAUAGCACGAGUGCUGAAGUUGUUGAAAAUGGCAACUGGGAUGAGAGCUCUGCUAGACACAGUGGUCCAGGCUCUGCCUCAGGUGGGGAACCUUGGUCUGCUCUUCAUGUUGCUGUUUUUCAUCUACGCAGCCCUGGGAGUGGAGCUGUUUGGAGAGCUGGUGUGUAACGCUGACUACCCCUGCGAAGGAAUGAGCCGACACGCCACCUUUGAAAACUUCGGAAUGGCCUUCCUCACACUCUUCCAGGUUUCCACGGGCGACAACUGGAACGGCAUCAUGAAGGACACACUGAGGGAGUGCCCGCCGGGUUAUCCGGCCACCGACUACGGCUGCCAUGCCGGACUACAGUUCAUCUCCCCGAUGUAUUUCGUGUCCUUCGUGCUCACGGCUCAGUUCGUCCUGAUCAACGUGGUGGUGGCCGUGCUCAUGAAGCAUCUGGACGACUCUAAUAAGGAGGCGCAGGAGGACGCCGAGAUGGACGCCGAGUUGGAGCUGGAGCUGGCUCAAGGAGGCCUCUGCUGCAUGAUGGGGGGCAUCGGCGCCAUCGCCGGGGCCACCGGGGCCGCUGCCACCGGGGCCGCUGCGAGCGUGUCGGGCGCGGGCGGAGGAGCGUUUGGCGUAAUCACAGCGGGGACAGUCAGCGGUCCAAGUGGAGGGGUGAUGGUGCCACUACGAGACGGAGGAGGAGGAGGAGGAGGAGGAGGCGGUGCGGGUCAUGAGGGUCACACACACCAUCGAUGUCGUCUCUACUCUCCUGCUCAGGAGAGCCGGUGGCUGGACAGUGUGUCUCUGCUGAUUAAGGACUCGUUAGAAGGGGACAUGAUUGACAACCUCUCCGGUUCAGUUUUCCACCACUACUGCUCUCCUCCUGUCUGCAAGGACUGUAAGGGCCACCCACAAGAGAUCCAACUGGCGGAGGUGGAGCAGGCAUCUCUGAUGUCAGAGCAGCUGUCAGACAAGUCAUCGUCUCCGGCGUUGCCCGAUGACCUCAGCCUGGACGAACACAGCAGCUACCAGCUGAUGGUCCGAGACGCCAAGAGGGGCAGCAGUGACUCCCAUAGUUCGGAGGAGUUGCCCACCCAGGGGGGCUACAGGGGGCUCCGUCCCCCUAGCUCAGGAAGCGAGUGUGGGGUCCAGGAUUUGUUUGAGUUGAAUAGUCUGUCGCUGGAGCAGCCAAGCCGGGCACAUUGCACAGACGGAGAUAGAGGAAGUUGCAGUGGAGGUGGCGGCGGUUCCUUACCCGUCUUCCACCUUCCGGUAGAUUUCUUCCACCCAGCUGCUGCGGCUCACCCGGGCAGUCCUGGAAACGGUGUUAGCCCAGUAGACAGAGGGCCGUCCAGGUUGCCCUCCCCAGCCUCCUGGGCCUCUCUCCGCUCACCCGGAGCCAACAGCAGGCCCCUGAGCUUUCAGCACCCGUCCCACAGUGACUCCUCCCUGGCCACAGGCAGUUCAGAGGGCAGCCUGCAGACCACCCUAGAGGAAGGGCUCAGCUUCAGCGUGUCCCCAUCUCGAGAUCUGGAACUCCCCAGCCACCCCUCACACCCCCGGGCACCGGCAACAGGAGACCAGGGGCCGCCUUUGCUAAAGAGACGCAGUACUACUUUUACCCUUCAAGCCACCAGGGGGCAUCAGAGAAGCCAGAGCAGCAGCUGCGGCGGCGGCAGCACCAGCCCCGGCUGCCCCCGGCAGGACUCCAUGGACCCUUCGGAUGAGGACGUGGGCACGGGGACGGUUGGGGACGGCUGCUGCCAGACCCUGAGCAGCGAGCCCUUGUCAGAAACAUUAAACAGCGUCUCGCUGACGUCGCUGCUCACCCCAGGCUCUCUGGCACCCCCGCCGGUGAAGAAAUGUAACAGCACAGGCUCCCUGGACCAAACCAAUUUAUCUGCCCGGAGUAAAGACAGCCGCCACCUUUGCGGCAUUGAUGCCCGCGGUUACUUGUCCAACCCCUGGACGGAGGGGAGGGCGAGUGGCGGGGAGGAGGACGGUGACAUCACAGGCUUCAGCAGCCGGCCCACAGACACAAGCUCCAGGAAAAAUAGAUGAAACACUUGUUGCCUCUCUUGUAGUGGAGCUGUUUAACAAUUUGCAUUUUCCGGAACCUUGAACAGAACAGAACAGGAAGAGACUUUUAAUACGUGACCCGUGAACACCGAUUCUGAAAUUCUCUCUUGUCCUUGAGUCGUCUGUUCUCUCUCUCUUUCCUCCUUGGAUCCGGCUGCUUGGGAUCAGUCAUUUCUCAUAAGAACACGGUUGCUUCUCAGUUUUGACUUCCUCUCUUUUCCGCAGGAUAUGCGGUCGCCUUUUGAAAGGACUUUAACGAUAGUGACAAGGGGCUUAGCAUUUUAGCAUAGCCAGGAUUCAGCCCUGAAAGAUGUGACAGUCCAGGGCUUUACAUGUGAGCCAUGGUGAAAUACAGAAUAUUUGGAAGGCCAUUAAAGAGACAGGCUUGAAAAUUACAGAGAUUGACGGAUGAACAUAAAGUGAUGAUAUUUAUAUGAAAACUGCUGAACAGUUAAAUUUCAAAAAAUAGAUUGCUUGCCCUCGAACUUUGUGCAGAUUGCAACAUUGGACAAAUGGCAAACUCUGAAGCCUCUUUUGAGGAAGAAGUGAACUUUGUACAGUUUUUUUUUUUGUAAUAACAAUUGCUAACAGUAGCAUCGACCAACCUUUUUUCCUCUUUAGCAAAUUUGGUGGGUAACAGAGAAUUGAAAGGUUGUUUUUAUUUUUGUUCUGUGUUCUUUUUUAACUUCAAUUUAUUGAAGUUGUGUGAAUGUAGACAUGUCUGUCUCCGUUUGUGAGGGAGAGGGAGACCAGGACAAGCGAAGGAGCUGGCUAGUCUGAAAAUUGACAAAGGGCCUCUUUGAAUAGAAGACUGGAUCUGUGACUGCUGCUGAGAAUACAUGCGGGUUGUCAGUGGAAGCGUUUGCCACUUUAAAGUGGUUUUUCUUUUUUUUGCUUUCUACAUACCCAUGAAAGGGCUAAAUGUAUUGAGUGCAGACCUGGGCCAAAACCUAUUGGGGAAUAAUCCUUUGCUACCGUACGCACUGUUUAACAGUGUCUUUUAGUUGCAACCAUUACUUUCAAAGACUUUUCUGAUUCUAAUAAUAUAUUUAAAAGACAGAUGUGUCAAAGAAAUGAACAUUGACUUGUAAAACUAUUGGUGCGGAUUUCUCAGCAAACAAAUCACAUAUGUAUUUAACAGAUUAAAACACAAAAUAAUUUGAAAUUAGGUAAUGAUACCCAACACAUCAACAGACUUUCUCAGCCCCUGCAACCUCUACUUAUAUGUUAAAUGUGCAGUAGUGAUUCCUGCAGGCCAGAAAUAUAUUUUACAAGGCAGGGGAUGAACAAAAUAUUCUAAAAACAUUUAAAAAGAACAUGAACAGCAUGGGCUUUACAGUAGGAGGCAGUUUGAUGUCAUCCGAGUUGUCCCUCACACACCAACAGUGUCUAGACUUCAGACAGUAGUUGAAUGGGACCAGCGAGCUAAGGGGACUCAAAAGGUAAAAAGGUAAUGAAGUUCAAGUACAAUCUCAGGCGAAAGGUAUCAAAACAGGAGGCAAAAGACGUGGUUGUUAAACGGGCUAUAGGUCUAGAAAACACUGGGAAGACACACUAGGAAAUAACGCUGGGGAGUGAGACACGAAAGGUACUACAAUACAAUACACUUCAACAAUCUGGCAACCUUAGUUGAUAGCUCCUCCAGGACUUAGCCAAAGAAUUUGAACAUCGACAACUUCUCAGUCCCUUCGCCCCUUGCUAAAGCCUAAACUGUCUCCUAAGCCCCUCCCCCCACGAGGGAGAAUGAAUGCGUGUGCCUGAGCAGCGAUUGACACGCAAUUAGACACACCCCCCCUGGCCAUGAUUGGUGCAUCUGAACAGGGAGUGGUGGAUUUCUGCAAAUCACACUACAGGCUGUAGGUGGUGCCAGAGGAGACAGAUUUUUUUUUUAUUACCUGCUUCAUGUAGUUCUACUGGAACAUAGGGUCAGUUGCAGCAAAUAUGACAGAAAGUUAGUGCCUCUCAUGUCGCUUAAAUUGCCCCCUCAACCUGUCUCCCUUUCUCGCGUCUUAGUCCCUCGCACCAAGGAGGCAAGGGAGGGACGCGAGGAAAUCAUCGGAGGAGAGAGGCAACAAGCAAAUGUGUUUUAGAGGGAUGAGAUGUCCUUUCCUCUGAUUCGUCAGCUGU